CAACAACGUCGUGAGUAGCAGUCCGUACCAAGCGUUCAACACGACUGCAGUAUUCUAAUAACUGUCAAUAUUUGACAAAUCAACUAAUUAGUGAGCGUGUGAUAAUUAAACACCAAGUGAUGGCGAUUGAUCCUAGAAUUACAUCAACAUCCAAUUUUGGCAUUGAAAGUACCGUUGCUUCCAUAUCCACCACAAUAAGAAACGUCUCCACCGUUACUAAUGAUCCAAAUAAAGUGAGGUUUAUGCCACACAGAUACGUGGAGGAAAUCAACAACAAAGAAGCAUUAAAACUCAUUAUUCCAAUCAUCUUCACAGCCAUAAUGAUGGUCAUUGGCGUUAUUGGAAACUCGCUAGUCAUUUAUAUAUACAACUUCCGGUGGCACAAAACGACCACAAAGCUUUUCGUGACGACGCUCGCAAUUCUGGAUCUGGUCAACUGCGUCAUUACCAUGCCGACGGAAAUUGUUGUUCUGCGUAAUUUCUACUACCUGGAUGCUCCAGGCUUCUGUAGACUGUCGCGAUUUUCCACCUUUUGGAUGAACAACAAUUCUGCCGUGGUUCUACUGAUCAUUUCCAUCGACCGAUUCAUCAAGAUAUGCUUGCCAACCCGCCAGUCGUUUUCGUACAGAGCUGCAAAAAUCGCCUGUGUACUCUCUGUGCUGGUUGGGCUGGCCGUGUCCUGGCCCGGGUUGGUCCUCUACGGAAACUACGUCGUGUUAAUUCCCACAAAGCACGGCGUGAUGAAGUUCAUCAUGUGCAACGUUCAAAAUCACAUGACUGACACGUGGUACCCGUUUGCUUACUACAUCUACUUGUGGGUCGGUUUCCUCUCGACGGCGCUCGUUAUGGUCAUUCUUUACGUACUUAUUGGAGUGCAGAUCUGGGGUAGAAAGGCGAGAACGGACAAGCGAUCCAACUCUGCCCAGCUAACAACGUUCCAGUUCAAGCAUAAACCACCACACGUGCUCCCUGGGACGGGAAAGGCGGACAGCAUGGACAACAUUACUAGCAGCUCAACUGAGACAAGUCCCAGCGCAGACCAAACCAGUCCGUCGGAGCUUUCAAACGAUGACGUGUUCCAUCCUCCGGAAAAACCCGAACCGUCACGAACAAAAAAAGGUCAGCCUCGUGGUCGAUUGGGAACGCUGCCGUCAUUAAAAAUCAGCAAAUCUGGAAUACAGGCAGGGAAGGCAACUCUGAUGCUAUUUGUCAUCACGUUGGUGUAUAUAAUCAGUUUCCUACCUUUCUUGGUGAUAACGGUAAUGCGAACUCUGAGCGGACCACUGUGGUACGGACAGCUUUCUGACACGGAGAAAGUGGUCGUAAACCUGUUUCUGCGAUCAUACCUCAUCAGCAACACGGCCAAUCCCCUAAUAUACGGGUUCUGUAAUGCACAGUUCCGUCGCGAAUGUGUACGUCUUUUCCACAGACUAACGUGUCGUUAAUAACCGUGAAACAAACUGAACUCUUUAAAUAUAAUAGAUGCAUUAUUUUCUUAUAUCCAAUUAAGGUUCAAGUACGCUGUCCUGGGCACACACCUCAACUAUCUGGGCUGCGAGUUGUCAGUGUGAGAGAGAGAGAGAGAGAGAGAGAGAGAGAGAGAGAGAGAGAGAGAGAGAGAGAGAGAGAGAGAG